AUGGGUGUUUCCGACGCCGUGCGUGGUCGGGAUGACAAUGGUCGCAUGACCCAGUCGGUUGUCGAUACAACGCACCUGGGAGAGUCGAAGCAUGGGCAGUCGGAUGCGGUUGGCACUGACGCGGUUGAAGCCACUCCAGGCUAUGACUCCCAGUCACCUAGCGACUCUGAUUCGUCUUUCGGCGUCAAUGGCGUCCUCGACGAUGAGAAGGAGAUUGAGAAAAACCCCGAGCAAGUCACAGACAAGGCUGGCUUAGGUCAACAGAAGGCCGAAGCCGCGGCCCUGGUUUGGAGCCGCCCGGCCGUCGCUGGUAUCUAUGCAUGGAUCUGGGUGGGCUUCUUCAUGCUUGCCUUCCACUCUGCGAUCAGCUCCAGCCUGAUGAACUGGGUCUACGGCAGUUUCCAAUCAGCCCCGCAAAUUUCAACCUCGUACAUCCUGGCCAGUAUCAUCGGUGGAGUCCUCAAGCUUCCCCUGGCCAAAACCCUGCAGCUGUGGGGUCGUGCAGAGGCUCUGUUGUUCUCGACUGCGAUCUAUACCCUGGGCAUGAUCAUUCUUGCGGCAUGCAAUGGCCCGAAUGGAUUUGCGGCUGGAUACGUCCUGUACUGGAUUGGCUACUACUGCAUGUAUUUGAUCUUGGAUAUCUUCGUUGCGGAUACCACGGGCCUGCGCUCGCGAGCUUUUGCUUUUGCCUUCGCUUCGACCCCGUUUAUCUGUACUGCGUUCACUGGCUCGUUGGCAGCGCAGUCGAUCUACAAUACCUCUGGUUGGCGCUGGGGAUAUGGAAUGUUCUGUGUUAUUCAGCCAGCCGUCUUUUGCCCCCUGGCCUUGCUGUUCAAAUUCUAUGAGCGCAAGGCCAUCAAGAUGGGUGUCUGGCAGCCCAGGAACACUGGACGCACCAAGAUGCAGUCGAUCGUCCACUACUUUCAUGAAUUCGAUGUCGUUGGUGCGUUCCUGCUCAUGGCAGCUUGGGUCAUCUUCCUGCUGCCCUUCAGUUUGGCCCAGUAUGGCCGCUCUCAGUACAAGUCAGCCACCUUCAUCGCAAUGGUUGUUGUCGGCUUCUGCAUGCUCUUCGUCUUCGCUGCGUGGGAGAAAUGGUUCGCACGCCACCACUUCAUUCGCUACGAACUGCUCAAGAGACCCACCAUCCUAGGAGCGUGUGUCUGUUCCGCGGUCUCCUUCUUCAGCUUCUACCUUUGGGAUCAGUACUUCUACAACUUUGUGCUGAUGACCUAUAACCUGGACAUCAGUAUGGCCGGCUACAUGAUUCAAAUCUACAAUGUGGGAUCGUGCUUCUGGUCCCCGAUUCUGGGUCUUAUCAUCUGGUGGACUAAGCGAUUCAAGUAUAUUGUGCUGUUCUUUGGUGUUCCUUUGAUGCUGCUCGGCUCCGGUUUGAUGAUUCAUUUCCGAGGUGGAGAGCAUGGAAUUGGGUAUAUCAUCAUGUGCCAGAUCUUCAUUGCCUUCGCUGGAGGCACCAUCGUCAUUGGCGAGGACAUGGCUGUGAUGGCCGCUGGUGGCCGUGAGGGAACUCCCAUGAUGCUGGCCUUGAUCGGUCUGUUCUCUAGCAUUGGUGGUGCUAUCGGCUAUGCCGUGUCUGCUGCCAUUUACAACAACGUUUUUGUUGAUGCCCUGACCAGCCACUUGCCCGAUAACCUCAAGGCCAACGCGACCACGAUCUACUUUGAUGGACACCUACCCGGUGGGCUCCCCCUCCGCGAUGCUUGCAUCUAUGCUUGGGGCUAUGCUCAGCGCAUGAACUGCAUUGCAUCGACCUGCGUUCUGGUCCUGCUCAUCCCUGCCGUUGCCGUGUGGAAGAACUACGAUGUUGGCAAGAAGCAGAACAAGGGUACCAUGCUUUUCGACUAA